CCGACGAUCGCCUUUCCAUCCCCCGUCCCUUCCGUAUCUCCGCGCGAUCCGAGGACGUCGCUUUUUUAACGUGAUUGCGUAAACCGCUCGGAGUACGUCAUAUUCGCGCGUCUGAAUCGUCAGUCCGUUCGUGUUUGUUUUCCAAUUUGGUUUCUCUAUGUUUCGCGGUGGUUCACCGAGGUUCCGUUCGCCUGCACUUUUUGCACUCGGCAUCCUCGGUUUCUCUCUCUUUUCAAAUGCCCGAAUAUAUAUUUAUCGUACUUUAAGCGAUAAACGUAUUUGGGGAUUUUAAAUAAAGAGACGUGCGCGGUCUUGUUUACAGAGGCGACACAACCGACAACGAACGCGCAACGAACGUUCGGUCGCGAUCGCCCUACCUUCCCCGUUGAUUGUCCCUGAACGUGCGAUUCGCGCACAGCCAACAGCUGUGCGCGCUGCGUUGUGCAACGCAACGUUUCCCUCUCCCCCCUUUUCACUCUACACGGCUGACAAAAUAGACUCCCCCUUCCCUUCCCGCUCCAUCCCGUUCCGUUCCGUCAGCCGUCGUCAACACGUCGGUAUACCACCACUAUUAUACGGACAGCCCGAUACGCUUUCCUACUUUUCGUGCGUGUUGAACGUGUUGAAUAAUGUAUCGCGUGACGACGACGACGUCGACGAUGACGGCGUUUCGUCGAACGUUCCGAAUUUUAACGACGACGAUCGCGCGACGGCGGCGUCGCGAUGUACAGUAAUCAAGUAAUGUCCGCGAAAUUGUCGAGUGGCUACGAACGGGUGCACUUUGGGUUCUUUGUCCUCCGCGCAACGAUUAUGCGAACGGCGCGCUUCACGCCCGCCGUCGUCUCGUCACGCGAAUAAUUUCUCUCCUCGCUCUCUCCUACUGGUGACUGAUAAAUAAAACUUUAAUUUGGCAAUAAAAAAUGUCUGCGGAAUCACCAAGGCGCGGUGUGCAUAAAGGAGCUCAAAUCGUUUCACCUCAGCCCAUAGUAGAUCGAUCAAUCAUUGAUAGUGUUGCUGGGAUCAUAAAUGAUAUAGUACCACAGGGAUAUGCCGGAGUAUCCAAUUCUGAUAAUAAGGAAACCAUAUCAUGGGCGCGAUUUGAAUACGCAGACAUAAAUGACCCUGCUUUAUAUCCUGAUUAUAAUGAAGGUUCUAGUACACCACCGUUGCUAUUGGUAUUAGGAUACGCGGUUGGCGUUCAGGUAUGGCUGAUAGCAGCAACAGGAGAGGCAACGGAGAUCCUAUCAUGGCGACAAGGCGUGGUUCGUAUUCUUCGAAUUCUACCAAAUCCAAAGACUGACGACGAACAUGUCGAUGAAUUUGAAGCGAAACGGCCGAUGGUAGCGGUCUGCUCUGAGCCGGAUUCAACUCUUCCGGGACCAAAAACCUUUUGCGACGUUAAUUUCAUCUCCUUGAAAACCGGCGAGUCAAUACACAGUGUAGGAUUCAAGCAUUCUGUCUGCGACGUGUUGGCGAACAGGCGAUCCGUGGUUAUAACGUUAUUAGAAAAAAUUGCGAUCUUUGAUGCUAGAACAUUGCAAAAUAAUAUAACAAUCACGACUUGCUAUGCCAGUCCUGGCCCAAAUCCAAAUCCCAUCGCUUUAGGAACGCGAUGGCUCGCUUAUAGCGAGAAAAAAUUAAUACCCGCAAGAAGAAGCAGCGGUGGUUGCGAAGGGGAAGGCGUUCAGAGUUACACAGCGACGGUUUUAUAUGCGGCGAAGUCGCUAGGGAAAGGUCUUCGCGGACUAGGGGAAACCGUAGCGUCGAGUCUCACUGGGAAUUCAGUAUCACCGAUAGCUAUCAAUAAUGCGGGCAAUGACAUAACGCAACCAGGCGUCGUUACGAUAUUGGAUCUUCAGAUCGCGAAAGACGAGAAAGAGUUAGAUGACACUAAUGCGGAUGCUGUAAUUGCUCAUUUUACUGCUCACAGCGAUGCAAUCGUUGCCAUGACUUUUGACUUAACCGGCGCGUUAUUGAUGACAGCGGAUAAGAGAGGACACGAUUUCCACAUAUUCAGAAUCCAGCCGCAUCCCGGUGGAUCAACACUAGCGGCGGUGCAUCAUUUGUAUAUUUUACAUCGUGGCGAUACUACCGCUAAAGUACAGGACAUGGUAUUUUCGAGCGAUACACGCUGGGCCGCUAUUUCAACCGUGAGAGGUACAACGCAUGUUUUUCCUGUCGCACCUUACGGAGGUCCUGUUGGCGUCAGGACACAUUCCACACCCAAUGUCGUCAAUAGACUAUCAAGAUUCCACAAAAGUGCAGGCUUGACGGACGAUGGUACCCGAUCCCACUCUCCUGUGUCUCAUACCGAACUACCUUUGUCCGUAUAUCCGUACUCCAAUCCUCGACUUCCUCCAUAUCCUCAUCCAACGAUUCUGCAUCCUUUAUCACAAAUUCGACAACCAUCUUCUCUGAAUCAAAUCAACAGCUCCACACAGCCGAGACCACAACAGAGACAACGAUUACAUUCUGACGAUAAUGGGACUUUACCGUUGAAGAUUUGCGCGUGUUUUGCUCCGCCAAGAGCUUGGAUGUACGCGCAAAGGGAAUCCAGUAGCAAAGUUGUCAAAAGAGCAGUCGAUUCUCUUUUCAUCAUGGCAUGUCAUGGAAAUAUGAUACAAUACGACUUGGAUCCUAAACCAGCUGCUGGUGUGCCAAAGGAAAAAGUUUGCGACGACACCACGAUUGAAUUGGAAGUAGAAGCAAAGGGCCAGUGGCCACUUUGUAGGUCCCCUAAUUCAUCAGAUCUUGUCCAACCGUUAUCUCUGUCGAAUCCAUUACUUAGCAUUUCGUUCACACCAAAGAACAAUCAGGAAUUUGAUACAAUCGAGGAUCGUUGGUUGAGUCAAGUGGAAAUCGUAACCCAUGCUGGACCACACAGACGAUUGUGGAUGGGACCACAAUUCGUUUUUAAAACUUACAAUGCGCCUAGCGGUGUUGCUGUCAAUCUGGUUGAAGCGGAGGCAGUCGAGAUUGGAAUUACUGGGUCGCGUCCAGCGAGAUCGAAGCCUGUUAAUAUGCCUCAUGCGGCGUCUAGGCCAUUGAUGCCAGUUGUCAUCGAUGGAUCAGGAAGCAGUUAUGAGCAAUCGCCAAGAUUUAUGGAGGCUUAUGGUGAUCCUCUAGACAGCGAGAACGUAGCUGUUGGUAGCUGCGAGAGUCAACUGAGAGAGGAUCUCGCGGAAGCUAUGCUCGAAAUAUCAAUUGCGUCGCAUCGUGCUCCAGGGAGACGUACGGUAUUUGAGAGGGUGGGUCAGCCGGUAACUAAAGUCGUCAACCCUCACACCGGCACCGUGAUUACCGUGUCGGCCGACGAGGAUGGGGACGCUAUUAGCUCCAUACAGGAGUACGACUCCGCCGCGGAGGAGAUGCACGCACCUAGAAGCGUGUGCGCCGAGGAGGGUCCGGCCUCGCUCGGUGCGGUCGAUCUCCCAGAUGAGUCGGACAGCCGGGCGCUGAAUCGCAAGCUCACAGAGAUCUGCGCGGAGAUGCGCUCGGCAAGCGAGCCGGCGAUCAACAGCGUGCCUGAUGAGAACAUAUGCGAGCUGCAGGAUCGUCGUGCUCUAUGCGCGGAGAUGGCGGCUACGACAACAACGACGUCAAUCGACUACGAAAAGGAGGAGGCGUUCUGCGAGGUGCCGACGAGUCUCAGCCUGUGUGCCCAACCAGGUGAGAUUCCGAGCAGCCCUAUGACACAGGCGAAAGAGACCGCGUUAUGGUGCAGCAAGGGAAGAUCUACCGACAGCCGUACUGAGGACUAUCGCAGCGAGGCUCACGAGAGGCAUUUUGCCAAGGCCAAGUACGUCGUCAGCUACGACGAUGACAGCGUUACGUUGAUGGAGAACAAAACGAUGCGAAGCGAUAGGAAUAUCGAGAUAUGGCAGUCGAACUUAGAUGAGAAAGUCAAGAGACCUAUCGCGAGAAGAGCCAUCGUUGAUUCCGAAAGAAUCUCAAGUUCCGGUACCACACAGAAACGUCCAAUUGAACAGCGGAUGACGCGUGUGGAAAAAUACGUUGUUAAAGAGGACGAUGAUAGUGUCAUUAUCAAAGACGCGCGUCGUAUGGAUUCGACAAUGAGUGUUGGUGUGAGGAAAGAGGAAAAUGACGCUGAUAAGAAGAAAGUGGAGAGCGCAAGAGAUAUUAAGGUAGCGAGAAACAAAUAUGAGAUGAUACGCAGGAAUGACGAAUGGAAGAGUCAAGGUUCUCUACAGGAAUUCACCGAUAAGGAUCGAGUUGUGCUCAAAAGUAGAGAAAUUAAACGCACGAGAGAGCUAUCUUCUAUUGACUUGUCCGAGCCAAUGGAAUCGAUUGGUGACGUAAUUGUGAAGAGAGAAAAUCCUGUAAAACCCGUGUUGGAUGUGGAAAAUGUGGGAUUGCUAUCUGAUCAUGACAAUGAGUAUCAUAACGAUAAUGAGUUGCCAUCGUUGGAUCCACCGCCGCUGGAUGAUUUCAGUUCUAUUGAGUAUCACAUGGUAGAUCCAUGCAAUCUUGCCAAAGACGCUGCUUUGACGUCCACUCAAUCCGACGAUGACAUCGAGCACAUCCACGAAUCUGAGGUGAUGCAGAUGCGGAUGAAGGCUGACGCGGACAACGGCAGGUGCAAAGACGCAGGUGUGACUGUCAACACGGUCGCGCAAUUUUCUUCUCCUGUGGUGCGACGGAAAAGCAGCAAGAGCACGAUUUCGGAUGAUGAUCUGGAGUACAUACACAACGUCGAUCUCGGUUUUGAAUCCACGAAUUCAGGCGAUGCCGGUACGACAACGUCCUUGACGAAGGCGAGCAAUAACAAUUCGCGUAGAAGGCAUAGCAGGCACACGUUGUCCUCUGAUGAUGAUCUGGAGCACGUUCAACUUUCGGAAGUCCAUGAGUUGGAACUUGACGCGGUGGCGAGAUUGUCGCAGAGAGAAUCUCUGCAGGCGACCCAGGAAAUAACAUCAGUGGAGCAGCAAGGAACGAAAUCUAAGUCUGGCAAGAAACGAAAGGAUAUCAUGGUGAUUGAGAAGAACAAGGCAGAAGCCCCAGAAGUCACUGUAAUAUACAAUCCACUGGAGGAGGUCUGGUCAAGGUCGGAGGAGAGCGAUAAACGCAGUUCCAUUGAUUAUUUUAAAGAUAAGCCGGAAGGUCCGUACCCAAGCCCCACGAGAAGGCCCAAAAAUCGUGGCUCAAAGAUGACGAAUUUCUCAUCCUCGCUGCUACCUGCCAAGCGCGCUUCUCAGAUCACCGACAGCGACAUCGUUGAGAUUAUCGACAUCGACGCUAUGCAAAAAGUUUCCGAUACGACGCCGGAGUGCAAAAUUCUGCCUGUCAUUGCCGGAGCGCGCACUCGGAAAUCUCGCAAGAACAAGAGGUCGCAGUCAGACGGUCAGUCACAAGAGAACAGCUCGACGGAGCUUUCUAUCUCUGUCCUUUUGCCCUCAUUCUGUUCCUCUAAUGUGAAAAUGGCGGAACUGCAGGAGGCCGUGCAGGAAGCCGUACGGGAGGAGCCGUUUGUAGAGCUCUGCUCUAAGGAUCAGGACUCAAAAGCUCUACCUUUGGCAGAGAUAUCCUGGAGCUCUAUCGUGAAGAAAAGCAUCUCUCCUUCCUCGGAUUCGCAGGAAACCCGCAAAGAAACGGAUCUCGAGCCGUUGAUAGAGGUGGAGGAGAAACUAGAGGCCGACGAACACGCGAGGAAGCUGGAAGAAGCGGAAUUUUGUGGCAGAGACAGUCCUACGUUCCUCGAACCUAUGGAACGCGUGAUGUGUGAACAUCAGAGUACGCGACAACGAGCAUACAAAACUAAAGAGGAAGAAGAGGAGGAGAAGGAGUUUCUUUUCGAUCAGGAUGACAUCGAUCUGAUGGCGACGAUAACGGUCAAGGAGAGUAUCCUCGUAGACUUUCACACACCGAUAGACGAAGAAUCUCGCGUGGACAAGGAUAUCGCGCGCAUAACGCGAGGCAAGAUCUGUCGCGUGGACAAGGGGGAUAACAAGGCGACGGAAGGCAGUCCUCUUUUCGCUUCGGAAGUACGAUCCGUCGUCAACGAGACACGUCGAGGUAACGUGGCAACCGAAAGGAGAGAAUCGCAAAGAGAAUCUUCUUUGCAGCUUCAACCGAUGCAGCGGCAGCAGGUAGGGAUCGGUGACAAUGGCAGCACUACUGGGACGUCCGAACGGUACGAUACGGCUUUCUCGAAGAUGUCCCUGGAAUCCGAUCAUGGGUACGCCGAAAAGCGGAAUGAAGCGGAUCGCGAGACACCUGGCGAGCACUCGACUGCCGCCAAAAAGGCGAGCAACAGAUCUAAGAGGAAAAAACGCAGAUGAGUAGAGGAUUGC